GUAGUGUUUGGACAUUCGCCUCGAAAACAUUUUCCCCCUUUCGAUCACCAUCACUCAAGCUCACUGCAUCGUGGGAGAAAAUCCAGAAGAAAACUUUCCUGUAGUUUUUUUGAGAUUUGAAGAAGUUAAGAGAAGACCGAGGGGAGAAAAAAGGAGGACUAGAAAAAAAGAUGUUGGUGCAGUGAGUUAAAUUGUCUUCGAGAUGUUCAACUUCUUCAAGAGGUCGAGACGGGAGGACGGAUCCGAGAAAAAAUUGGUGAAAGAUGAGGCCGGUCGUCCCACGCGAAAUUCGUUUAAAAAUAAUUUGCCGCAAGGUGGCAUAGUUUUGGCAGGGAACGAGGAUUGUCGGGAUAGUUGCAAUGGUGUAACAACUAACGACGACCAAACGAACGAAAAACCAAGAAUGCUCUCGUACGCCGGAACGCUGAAGAAGUCCGAGGCGAAAGGGCAGAACGUUAAACCGUGCGGACACGGAACCGUUGCGAUUUCGCCGAGAGUCCCAUUGGCCAUCUCCAAGAAGAACGAGCAUCAACAGCAGCAGCAGCAGACGCCACCGCCGAGCCCAAAAUUGGAGGUGAAGAACAACAACAAAUCGGCGCCAACUGCAGCAGUGGUUGAGGUGAAACCUACACCGAGAUGCAAGAAGAACGAGCGCAAAGGUAGCUUGAAAGAGAAGAAUCAUCAAGUGGAUGGUAACCAUCUGAAGAGGCAACACAGCGCGGACAAUCCUCCACACGCAACGAACGGACAAACACACGAAGACAAAGAUAAAGAAGACGAGACGAAAAAUUUGAUAAAUCAAGAGGCAAAAUUCCAAAGUCAACUGAACGAACUGUCGAAGCAGCUAUCGCAGAGGGAUGGAGAGGCGAACAAGCUGCGGUUCCAGCAGGAGGAGCUGCAGAGGGACGUGUUUGCCAAAUCGGCAGGAAUGGACCGGCUCCAGGCCGAACUUCAAGCAGCCCACAAGGAAUCCGAGUACGUGAAGCAGAGGCUGAGGAAUCUGGAGGAUGACCUGCAAGAGUACAGAAGGAAGAAUGGCGAACUGUCCGAGGAGCUCACAAAUAAAAAUGAGAGUUACGCAAAGAAAGAAACUGAAGCGGGAACGAGAAUAAAUGAACUUGAGCGUGUGAUCGGUGAGCUGAAGGUGAAGAUAGGAUCGCUGGAAAUGCAGAUCGAGGAAUUGCAAAGAGACAAGAGGCAGCUGGAAUUGCAGCAGGAGGCUAUUUUGGCGGAGAGAGAAAAGGAGAAGCAGCUGGUGGAGGUCGCGCUGCAGGAGGCUCUGAAGGAAAAGGAGAACGUGAACAAGAAAUGGGAGGAGGAAUUCGAGAAGCUGAGGACGGUGAGCAUUCUGAAGGAGCAGCAAUUGCUCGACGAUUUCGAGUGGAAGCUCAGGGAGGUGGAGAAGACCUGCAAGGGCAGAUUAAUCGAGAAAGAUAAGACCGUGGACGUGAGGAUUCAGGAGGCGUACAAAGAUGCCGAAGAGAAGAUGAAGUUGGCGCAAGAGAUGAUGGACGAGGUGGAGCAUCUGAAGGAAUGCGAGAUGGAGAUGGGCGAGCUCAAAGAUAAAUCGAAGCAGCAGGAAAAGUCGCUCGAGUUUCUGAGGGAGCAGCAGGAGCAGAUGCGUCUCGUCGAGCAGAGUUUAAAGGACGAGGCGAAGAAGUUGAGGAGUUUGAUCGAUUUGGAGAAGGAGAAUCUGCAGCACAUGCAGCGCGUCCACAAUCAGGAGAUCAUUGAUAAGGAGCGUUGGCUGCAGAACACUUUGGACGAGAAAAAGACUGAGAUUGCCGUUUACUGGGAGGAGAGGUUGCUGCACGAGAUAGGAAGAUUGAAGUACGAGCUGGAGCAGCUGUACUUCGAGGAGAAGCAGACGGCCGUCGAGAACAUCCGAGCGCAAAAGGAAGAGGAGUUCCAGGAGGCCAAAAAGAAAUGGGAAGAGAAGGUGGAAGAGUGUCUUGCGGACAUCGCAGCUUUGAAGAAGACCCUCGACGAGAAAGAGAGGACAUACCAUGAUGAUAUGGUAACCCAACAGACUGUAACCGAUCGCGACAUCUUGGAGCUGAGGAGGAUCAUGGAUAAGAUAGAUGACGCUCACCACGAGCGCUUCGAGAAACUGAUGAUGGACAACGAGAAGGAGAUAGAGAGGAUCAACGAGGAGCACGAUCUCAGAGUUAAAGAGGUCGAGACGAGCUGUCAAAAUCAGAUGUCUUCGUUGAGGACCACCCUGGAGUUGGUCAAAGAGCAGAUGGAGCGUGAAUCACAGCAGAAGAUUCAGUCCCUCAUCCAGCAGCACCGAUCCGAACUAGACGCGCAAUGGGACAAUCUGAUCCAUCAGAAGAGCGAGGCGAUCAAACUCGUCGAAGAUGAGUACGUCAAUAAAUACAAAACGUUGGAGGAGCAGUUCUACACUCAGCAGAAAUCGCACGAGGCUCGCGAAGUUGAACUGCUCAAGAGCAUAGAUAGCUUGAAGAACGACGUGAGCAGCAAAUCUUCAACCAUCGAUGAUCUGCAGAACAACGUGGACGUACUCGAAGGCGGAGUGCAGGUUCUUAAUCAGGAGAUCGCAAAUCAGGGGGAGCAGCUGGAGAAGAACCGCAAGGACGCCGACCAGAAAAUCAGAGGCCUCCAGGACGUCCUCAUCAAACUCCAGGCGCUUCAAGCCCAGGAAAAGGAUGAGCUACAGAUGAAAUUCAAUCAGCAGCAGAAACAGUACCAGACGACGAUAGAUCAUCUGCAGAGAAAAUGCACAACGUUAACGAAACUUUUUGAAGAGGUGAGAGGGCGAUACGAGAGACGCGAUUCGCGGCAGGAAGAUCUGAACCUCAUCUCCGACCUGAGGCAAGUCAUAGCUGAACAGGAGAAGGACAUGGCCUGCAUGAACGAGGAGAAGAGGUUCUAUCAAAUGAAACUGUUGAAGCUCCAGAGGAGCAUGGAUGGGGAAGGCGACGAUGAGGAGGAUGAUGAAGACGAUGAACUCGAGGAAGGCUUCCACACGCCACCCAGGUUCAUCCCCAACCAAUACACACCGCCUCAGCCUAUCAACAAUAACAACAGUAAUAACUGCAUCAUCUCUAUUCCACCCACAAUACCAGAAUGCGAUGAUUGCGAUGAAGAAUAAGCUUAGAGUACGGCUUUUUCAAUUUCUAUUCUCUCUCACCACGCACUAUUUAUUUUUUCUUUCUUUCUCCACACUUUUGUUAUAUAUUAUAUAUUCGUAAUGAAAUUUGUAUUUAUUUGUAUAAAACAAGAAUAUUUGUUUCCAAACUCGAUGUAUUUACAAUAAAUAUUGAUAAUAAUUAA